ACCAAACUGCGGGUACAAAACCGUGCACGCAGUCUUGGGUUGACUGCAAAUCCAACAUUUUGGCGAAAAUGUUGGACUGUUAAUUGUGUAAACACACAGAAGAAAUAGGUGUUAGCCAAGUAUCAAAGGGGUAGUGUGUAACUUAUUUUUUGUCGCCCAGCAGGCGUCACUUUGUGGAUGUUUGUGUAAGUUGUGCUAUUUUGGAAUCAAAGAUGGCUGCGGAACUAGAACUGAACGAUGUCCGUGUGGAAUUUGUCGCGGACUAUGUCCUCAAGACUAUGAAAAUCAAGCCAGACAAGUGGAUGAAACUAUACAAUGUCGAUGAAAACAAACAGAUGUUUAUUGACUAUUUCGAAAAGGGUGAUCACAAUACACUCGUCGUGGCACUACAGCCUGCAGGCGGACUGGUCGUGCAGCAUGAAUGGCCCAACAAUCCCAAAGGGAAAGCAUGUUAUUUUGUGAAACGAGGGAAGGAAACUAUUCAGAAAGACUCAAACUUGAAAAAUGCACUGAUAUAUGGAGAUCUGUCAUAUUCCCCAAUGGACCAGCUGUCAGCAUUUGUCGAUGAGGUUCUGGUGCCCCUCCUGGCAAAUGACAGAAAUCAUGACCAGUGGCCUCAUGUUGUGUCUGGGGAUGUUCAGAGACAUGUACACAACCUGAAAAGUAAUGUAUAUGUUGUGGCUGGACAGGUUAAAGGGAAGACUUUGCUGCCCCUUCCAGUGGGAACAGAGAGAAUUGAACAGAUUCAAGAAGAUGAUGAAAAGCUUGAUAUAUAUGACAGGAAUCUGGUGCAUGCCAUUGAGUCAGUUAUCAUUGAAUGGACACAUCAGAUAAGAGAAGUGCUAAAACGAGACUCAGCCCAGCUUCUUCUGGAAGGCCAGAAUCCAACACCAUUUGUUGAAUUGAAAUUUUGGCAAAAUAAGGCUCAAAAUCUGGAAUGUAUAUAUGAUCAGCUCAGGGAUCCCAAAGUUAGAAAGAUGGCAGAACUGCUGGAGAAGACAAAUAGCAGUUACUUUCCUUCAUUCAAAAACAUCUUCAGAGAUGUUGUAUCGGCAUUGUCUGAGGCGCAGGAUAUCAACAUGUACCUGAAACCAUUAAGAACCCACUUUGAAGACAUUGAAGGAGCUGAGUUUGGAGACACAAAGAAAUUGGUGGAGCCACUCAUGCAUACAGUCUGCCUUCUGUGGGCAAACUCCCAGUAUUAUAACACACCUGCCAGGAUUAUAGUCUUACUACAGGAGACCUGUAACUUGCUUAUACAACAGGCCAAGGCAUUCCUUGAUCCCACUGAGAUUUUCAAAGGUGAAGUUGAAGAGACGAUUGACAAAGUACAGGAGUCUUUAGAUGUCUUGAGGUGCUUCAAGAAAACAUAUGAUGAGUACAAAGGCAAAAUGAAGGACUACUUCAAGGACAAAGAGACCAAAGAGUGGGAGUUUGCCCCAGAUCUAGUCUUUGCUCGCUAUGACAAAUUUGUUGAGCGAGUUGAAAUUGUACUGGAACUAAUGGAGACAGCCAUUGAAUUCAUGAAGCUGGAGAAGAUAGAAAUUGGUGGCAUAAAAGGCAAAAGUCUGAGUCAGCAAGUUGUGCAAGUGUUUGAGGAGUUCAAUGAGCUGUUCAAAGUUUUCACUGAACGCUCAUAUGACUGUAUGGACCCAACUCAGACUGAGUUUAUCACUGACUACACUAACUUUAACAACAAGGUAGCUGACCUGGACAGACGAUUGGCCACCAUCAUUUGUCAGGCCUUUGAUGAUUGCAGUGGCUUGGAAGCUGUCUACAAGCUGCUGGACAUCAUGGGAAGCUUAUUGGAUAGAGCACUGAUCAAGGCAGACUUCAAUGACAAAUACCCAGUGGUGAUCAGGAUGAUGCAUGAUGAACUGGACACUGCCAAGGAGAUCUAUGACAAACAGAUGAGCGUGAAGGCUGAGAGAGGUAGGGCCCCUGUCCACAAGAACAUGCCACUAGUAGCAGGAGGCCUCAGGUGGUCCCAUGAGCUGAGGGAGCGUAUCACACAGCCAUUACACAACUUCAAACAUAUUGAAAACCCAUGUAUGGAAACAGAAGAAGCAAAGCUUGUGUUCACAAAAUAUGAAGAGAUGAUGGAGCUUCUGAAUGGUUAUGAACAGAAUAUCUACAAAGAAUGGACUGAAGGUGUGGAUGAGGCCUGUGGAUUUAACUUGUCAUUGCCUCUCCUUACCCGCAAUGAGGAGACGAAACUCAUUGCUGUCAACUUUGACCCUCAGCUUGUGGCUGUGUUGAGAGAAGUCAAGUAUCUGGAAACACAAGAAACACAGGAGAUUCCCUCAAGCGCCUCCUCCAUCUUUGCACGAAAUGACACAUUCUUCCAGUAUGUGGCUAACCUUGACCUGACUGUCAAAUGGUACAACAAGGUGAGGACCACAGUCUUGGAGGUGGAGUUCCCACUGGUUGAAAACCAGCUGCAGGAAAUUGAUGCACAGUUGGAGAAAGCAGAGAAGAGUCUAAACUGGAAUUCAGAUGGUAUUUGGGAAUACAUCCAGGCCACCCGAGAUAUGGUGCAUGACCUUGACAUCAGAGUUCAGAAGGCCAAGGACAAUGUGGAUGAGAUCCAGAGACUCAUGUCCACCUGGAGCAAGACGCCACUGUUUGAGCGGAAAGAUGACAAACACGACUCACUGCUACAUCUGGAUGAUAGGGAGGAACGACUGAAGAAACGCUACACCGAAAUCCGCACAACAGGAGAACAGCUGCAUAAACUGCUCAAGGAGAACAUGGAUCUCUUCAAGGCAGAUGAGAGCUCAGAAAUCUGGAAAGCCUAUGUGGACUAUGUGGAUGAGUUUGUGGUGGAUGGUUUCUUCAACACCAUCAACUGCAGUCUGAACUUUCUACUGGACAACACUGAAACUAAAAACAGUCCUCUCCCACUGUUUGAGGCCCACCUGGAGUUACAGGUGCCGGAGAUGGUGUUUAUGCCAUCACUGGACUACGGCGUGGCUGAUGGUUUCUAUGACCUGGUGGAUGGUCUGGUGGGAGACAUCUACAAACAAUCGUCCCUGGUACCCAGAUUGGCUGCUCACAGUGGACAAGAGCAUUACCAGCCUGACCUGGAGGACAUGGAGGAGCUGUCAGAGAUGAGACAGGAGCUGAUGGACAGGGUACAGAACAUUAUGAACAAGGCCUGUGAGUUCAGGAACUCGUUUGACAACUACGCGUACCUCUGGGUGGAUGACAGGAAUGAGUUCAUGAGACAGUUCCUGCUGUACAAUCAUGUGCUUACUACAGAGGAGAUAGAAGCUAAUGCUGAGGAGGGAGUUCCUGAGUGUCCUCCAACGUUGGCACAGUUCAAGGAACAGAUUGACACUUAUGAGAAAGUGUACGAAGAGAUUGAGCAUUUGGAAGGCACUAACAUCUUUGAGUACUGGUUCAGAGUGGAUGCUCGGCCAUUCAAACAGGCCCUAUUAAACAUUGUAAAGAGGUGGAGCUUCAUGUUCAAACAGCAUCUGAUCGAUCAUGUCACCAACAGCUUGAAGGAGCUGGCACAGUUUAUCAAGCAGGCAGAUGAUGGACUGACGAAGCCUGUGGAGGAGGGUGAUUAUGCAGGUCUGGUUGCUGUCAUGGGCAAUCUGUUUGCUGUGAAGGAGAGACAAGCAAACACAGACGAGAUGUUUGAGCCUCUGAAACACACCAUUGAGCUGCUGAAAACAUACGACCAGGAGAUGCCGGAGGAAGUCCACUUACAGCUACAGGAGUUACCCGAGCAGUGGAACAACACAAAGAAGAUAGCCAUCACAGUUAAGCAGCAGGUGGCACCACUGCAAGCCAAUGAGGUAGCCAACAUCCGAAAGAAGAGCGCGACAUUUGAUGUCAAUCAGCACAAGUUCAGGGAACUGUUUAGGAAAAUUCCACCUUUCUUGUAUGAAUGUAAUGAACCAUACAGGAGUCUUGACAAGUACAAUGAAGAGAUCUUGUCUAUGGAGAGAGAGAUGAAUGCUCUGUUGGAAUCAGCUGGUCUGUUUGAAGUCAACGUUCCAGACUUCAAACAACUGAAACAGUGUAGGAAGGAGCUUCGCCUGCUGAAGACCCUGUGGGAUUACAUCUUCAUUGUGAGGUCCAGUAUUGAUGACUGGAAGACCACACCUUGGAAGGAGAUCAACGUGGAACAGAUGGACAUGGACUGUAAGAAGUUCUCCAAAGAUAUUCGAGCCCUGGAUAAGGAGAUGAGAGCAUGGGAUGCAUACAGUGGUGUGGAGAACACUGUGAAGAACAUGCUGACUUCCCUGAGGGCAGUUGGUGAACUGCAGAACCCAGCUAUCAGGGAGCGCCAUUGGCAACAACUCAUGGCUGCCACAAAGGUACGUUUUGUUAUGGAUGACAACACAAACCUGUCUGACUUGCUGUCACUCAACCUGCACAACUUUGAGGAUGAAGUGCGCAACAUUGUGGACAAGGCUGUGAAGGAAAUGAGCAUGGAGAAAGUGCUGAAGGAGUUGGAUGUCACGUGGGCCACCAUGGAGUUUGAGCAUGAGAAACAUCCUCGCACAGGAAUCACCAUUCUCAAGACCAGCGAGGAGUUGAUUGAAACACUGGAAGAUAACCAGGUUCAACUUCAGAACAUGCUGACGUCCAAGUUCAUUGCCCACUUCCUAACGGAGGUGUCUUCCUGGCAGAAGAAACUGUCCACAGCGGAUCAAGUGAUCUCUAUCUACAUGGAAGUACAAAGAACCUGGUCUCACCUGGAGAGUAUCUUUAUCGGCUCAGAGGAUAUUAGGAAACAGCUUCCUGAAGACUCAGAAAGAUUUGAUGGAAUUGACAAUGACUUCAAGGCACUUGUUGGUGAAGUGGAAAAGACUACCAAUGUAGUGGAAGCGACCAAUCAGCCCCGGUUGUUCGAGAGAUUGGAGGCAUUACAGGAGCAUUUGGUGCUAUGUGAGAAAGCACUGGCUGAGUACCUGGAGACCAAACGACUGGCUUUCCCCAGGUUCUAUUUUGUCUCUUCUGCUGACUUGCUGGAUAUCUUGUCCAAUGGAAACAAUCCAACAGCGGUUGCCCGCCAUCUGACGAAGCUGUUUGACAGUUUGGCUCACCUGAAGUUUAAACAGGACGAUGCUGGCAAUGACACCAAGACUGCCCUAGCCAUGUACAGUAAGGAUGGAGAAUAUGUGGAUAUGGACAAACCCUGUGACUGCUCAGGACAGGUUGAGGUCUGGUUAAACACCUUGCUGGACUCGAUGCGCAGCACUGUACGACAUGAGAUGACAGAAGCCGUUGUGUCAUAUGAGGAGAAGCCCAGAGAACAGUGGUUGUUUGAUUACCCAGCCCAGGUGGCUCUUUGUGGAACACAGAUCUGGUGGACCACAGAAGUCAACAUCGCAUUUGGCCGUUUGGAGGAGGGCUAUGAAAAUGCUCUGAAGGAUUACUUCAAAAAGCAGGUGAACCAGCUGAAUGCCUUGAUCACCAUGUUGGUUGGAGAACUGACAAAGGGGGACAGACAAAAGAUCAUGACAAUCUGUACCAUUGACGUGCAUGCCAGGGAUGUAGUGACGAAGCUGAUCACAAACAAGGUGGACAGCUCCCAAGCCUUCACCUGGCUCUCCCAGCUUAGACAUAGAUGGGACGACAAUGAUAAAGACUGUUAUGCCAACAUCUGUGACGCCCAGUUCCGUUACUCUCACGAGUAUUUAGGCAACACCCCUCGUCUGGUCAUAACCCCACUCACUGACAGAUGUUACAUCACACUCACCCAGUCUCUCCACUUGACCAUGAGCGGUGCCCCAGCAGGACCAGCUGGAACAGGAAAAACUGAAACAACCAAAGAUUUGGGCAGAGCUUUGGGCAUCAUGGUAUAUGUGUUCAACUGCUCUGAACAGAUGGACUACAAGUCCAUUGGGAACAUCUACAAAGGUUUGGCCCAGUCAGGAGCCUGGGGAUGCUUUGAUGAGUUCAAUCGUAUCUCGGUGGAAGUGUUGUCUGUGGUGGCUGUCCAAGUCAAGUGUAUUCAAGACGCAAUCCGAGACAACAAGAAGAUUUUCAACUUCCUGGGUGAGGUCAUCAGUCUAAUCCCCACUGUGGGUAUCUUCAUCACCAUGAACCCAGGGUAUGCUGGACGUACAGAGCUACCAGAAAAUCUGAAAGCCCUUUUCAGGCCCUGUGCUAUGGUCGUGCCAGAUUUUGAGCUGAUUUGUGAAAUUAUGUUGGUGGCUGAAGGUUUCCUUGAUGCACGUCUCCUUGCCAGGAAGUUCAUCACUCUGUACAGCUUAUGUAAAGAGCUCCUGUCAAAACAGGACCAUUACGAUUGGGGUUUGCGGGCCAUCAAGUCUGUAUUGGUGGUGGCUGGAUCCCUGAAGAGAAGUGACCCAGGUCGACCAGAGGAUCAGGUGUUGAUGAGAGCCCUGAGAGAUUUCAACGUGCCCAAGAUUGUGGCUGAUGACUCCCCCAUCUUUAUGGGCCUGAUCGGGGAUCUGUUCCCAGCUUUAGAUGUACCCAGAAAGAGAGACUUGGAGUUUGAAAAACACAUCCGACAAGCCACUCUGGACCAAAAGCUCCAGGCUGAGGAUAACUUCAUUCUCAAGAUUGUUCAACUCCAAGAGUUGUUUGAGGUGCGUCAUUCCGUGUUCUUGCUAGGAAAUGCCGGCUCAGGAAAGAGUAAGGUCUGGGGAACUCUUAUCAGGACCUACAGGAAUCUGGGCAAGAAACCAGUUGCUAUUGACUUGGAUCCUAAAGCAGUGACAAAUGACGAGCUGUUUGGUAUCAUCAACCCCUCUACCAGAGAAUGGAAGGAUGGUCUGUUCUCUGUGGUGAUGAGAGACCUAGCAAACUCCCCUGGGGAGAGUCCUAAGUGGAUUGUUCUUGACGGUGAUAUUGAUCCUAUGUGGAUUGAAUCCCUGAACACUGUGAUGGAUGACAACAAGGUGUUGACUCUGGCCAGUAACGAGCGAAUCCCUCUCACACCUUCCAUGAGGCUGCUCUUUGAGAUCAGCCAUCUGAAAACAGCAACACCAGCUACAGUGUCAAGAGCAGGCAUUCUGUAUGUCAACCCUCAGGAUCUUGGCUGGAAUCCAUAUGUACAGAGCUGGAUCGACACCCGUGAGGUACAGUCAGAGAGGGCUAACCUGACGAUCCUGUUUGAUAAGUACUGCCCGGUGUGUCUGGAGACCAUGAGGACUCGCUUCAAGAAGAUUACACCUGUGGCCGAGAUCAGCCAGAUCCAGAUGUUGUGUUACCUUUUGGAAUGCCUCCUCACCCCCGAGAACACUCCACCUGACUGCCCCAAGGAGCUGUAUGAGCUCUACUUUGUCUUUGCCUGUGUCUGGGCCUUUGGUGGCGUUACCUUUCAAGACCAGCUUGUGGACUAUCGUGUUGAAUUCACCAAGUGGUGGGUGACAGAAUUUAAGACUGUCAAGUUCCCAGGCCAAGGCACAGUAUUUGACUACUUCAUUGAUGCAGAAACACACAAAUUUGAGCCUUGGUCAAGAAAGGUUCCCAAGUAUGAGCUGGACCCUGAUCUGCCUCUUCAGGCUGCACUGGUGCCAACCUCAGAGACAAUUCGUGUGAAGUAUUUCCUGGACAUGUUAGUGGAGAAGAAGCGCCCUGUGAUGUUGGUGGGUAAUGCUGGUACAGGUAAAACUGUACUGCUCCAGGACAAACUGAACAGUCUGCCUGACAGUUACAUGGUGGCUAAUGUGCCCUUCAACUUCUACACCACCUCAGAGAUGUUACAGCGUGUGCUGGAGAAGCCAUUAGAGAAGAAAGCCGGGCGAAACUUUGGACCACCCGGCACCAAGAGACUCAUCUACUUCAUUGAUGACAUGAACAUGCCAGAGGUUGACCAGUACUUCACUGUGCAGCCCCACACUCUCAUCCGUCAACACAUUGAUCAUAGCCAUUGGUAUGACCGAGCAAAGCUGACCCAGAAGGACAUCCACAACACACAGUAUGUGGCCUGCAUGAACCCCACUGCUGGAAGCUUUACCAUCGAUUCUAGGCUACAGCGUCACUUCUGUGUGUUCGCCAUGAAUUUCCCAGGACAAGAUGCUCUGAUUACAAUCUACUCCAGCAUUCUCUCCCAGCAUCUCGCCAUGAAUGGAUUUGCCUCCCCAGUUCAGAAAUUUGCCCACAAUCUUGUGAAUGGUGCUUUAGCCCUACAUGCCAAGAUGUCAACAACCUUCCUACCUACAGCCAUCAAAUUCCACUACAUUUUCAAUUUGAGAGACUUGUCCAACAUUUUCCAGGGUAUGCUGUUUUCAAAUGCCGAAUGUGCGAAGACCGUCCCAGAGUUGGUCAGGUUGUGGAAACAUGAGGCGCAGAGAGUCUACAGUGACAAGCUGGUGGAUAUGUCGGAUUUAGAGACCUAUGACAAACUGCAGAAAGAAAUCAUCAAGAAGAACUUUGAGGACAUGGAUGAAGAAGUGGUCUUCAAGACACCCUGCAUCUACUGCCACUUUUCUCAAGGCAUUGGUGAUCCUAAAUACUUGUUUGCUGAGGGCUGGGCAGAGCUGAACAAGAUCCUGGUAGAGGCCUUGGAUGGGUACAAUGAGCUGAAUGCUGUGAUGAACCUGGUGUUGUUUGAAGAUGCCAUGAUGCACAUAUGCAGGAUCAACCGAAUCCUGGAGUCCCCCAGAGGUAACGCUCUACUGAUUGGUGUUGGCGGAAGUGGAAAGCAGAGCUUGUCCCGUCUAGCUGCCUUUAUCAGCAGUUUGGAGGUGUUCCAGAUAACUCUGCGUAAAGGUUACAGCAUCCCUGAUCUGAAGUUGGACCUGGCUGCUCUGUACAUGAAGGCUGGAGUUAAAAACGUGGGCACAGUGUUCCUGAUGACAGAUGGACAAGUGGCUGACGAGAAAUUCCUCGUGUUGAUAAACGACCUACUGGCAUCUGGUGAGAUUCCAGAUCUUUUCCCUGAUGAUGAAGUGGAGAACAUUAUCGGUGCUGUCAGGAAUGAAGUCAAAGGACUUGGGUUGGAGGAUAGCAGAGAGAACUGCUGGAGGUUCUUCAUCGACAGGGUUCGCAGACAGCUCAAGGUUGUAUUGUGUUUCUCACCCGUGGGUGCUACUCUGCGUGUAAGGAGCAGGAAAUUCCCGGCCAUAACCAAUUGUACUUCCAUUGAUUGGUUCCAUGAGUGGCCAGAAGAUGCCCUAAUCUCUGUCAGCAGGAGAUUUAUCGAAGACGUGGAUCUGUUGUCGCCUGAACUAAGGGACUCCAUUUCUCAAUUCAUGGCAUUCACGCACAAAUCUGUCAAUGAAAUGAGUGCCUCAUAUCUGCUGAAUGAAAGACGGUACAACUACACCACACCCAAGAGUUUCUUGGAGAUGAUUGUAUUGUAUCAGAACUUACUGAAGAAGAAAAACCAGGAAUUACAGGCCAAGAUUGUGCGUUUGGAGAAUGGUUUGGAGAAACUUCGAAGCACUGCAUCUCAGGUGGAUGACCUCAAGUCCAAACUCGCCUCCCAGGAGGUGGAGCUGGCUGUGAAGAAUGAGGCAGCCAACAAACUGAUCGCUGUUGUUGGUGCAGAGACUGAGAAAGUGUCCAAGGAGAAAGCGGUGGCUGAUGAAGAGGAGAAGAAAGUGGCUGUCAUCAAUGAGGAGGUCUCCAAGAAGCAGAGGGACUGCGAGCAAGAUUUAGCCAAGGCCGAACCCGCCCUUAUUGCUGCACAAGAGGCUCUGAAUACCCUGAAUAAGGGCAACCUGACAGAGUUGAAGUCAUUUGGCUCACCACCACCAGCAGUUAUUAACGUCAUUUCUGCAGUCAUGGUGCUGAUGGCCCCUGGUGGGAAGGUGCCCAAGGACAGGAGUUGGAAGGCAGCUAAAAGUGGUAUCAUGGCCAAGGUGGACCAGUUUCUGGUGAACCUCGUUGAGUAUGACAAGGAGAACAUCCAUGAGAGCUGUCUGAAGGCUGUACAGCCUUACCUAUCAGAUCCAGAUUUCAACCCAGAUUUCAUUCGCAGCAAGUCCCUUGCUGCUGCUGGUCUCUGUGCUUGGGUCAUUAACAUCGUCAAGUUCUAUGAGAUCUUUUGCGAUGUAGAACCCAAACGUAACGCCUUAGCUCAAGCUAAUGCUGAACUCAGUGCAGCCCAGGAGAAGUUGAAGCAGAUCAAAAACAAGAUCCAGUCUCUGGAAGAUGAGCUAGGCAAACUUACAGCUGAGUUUGAGAAGGCUACCUCUGAGAAAUUGCGGUGCCAACAGGAAGCAGAAACAACAGGCAAGACCAUUGAACUUGCCAACAGGCUAGUGGGUGGACUGGCAUCAGAAAAUGUGCGUUGGGCAGACUCUAUCAGUUCAUUUAGGGAACAGGAGAAGACUUUGCCAGGAGAUGUACUGCUGGUGACUGCCUUUAUCUCCUACAGUGGUUGCUUUACCAAACAGUACAGGCUGGACCUAAUGGAGAACAACUGGCUGUCCUUCCUGAAAGAGCUGAAGACUCCAAUCAAUGUUUCAGAAGGUUUAGAUCCACUGACCAUGUUAAUUGAUGAUGCUGACAUUGCCACCUGGAAUAAUGAAGGGCUGCCCAGCGACAGAAUGUCCACUGAAAAUGCCACCAUCCUGACCAGCUGUGAGCGUUGGCCGCUGAUGAUUGACCCCCAGCUUCAGGGUGUUAAGUGGAUCAAAAUGAGGUAUGCAGAGAACCUGAAGGUUGUCAGGCUGGGACAGAAGGGAUACUUGGAUGCCAUUGAAAGAGCUGUUUCUUCAGGAGAUGUUGUCCUCAUUGAAAACAUUGGAGAAUCCAUUGAUCCUGUACUUGACCCUCUGCUUGGGAGAAACACCAUCAAGAAAGGACGUGCCAUCAAGAUGGGUGACAAAGAAGUGGAGUAUAACCCAUCUUUCCGUCUGAUCUUGCAAACCAAGCUGGCCAACCCUCACUACAAACCUGAAAUGCAGGCUCAGACAACUCUGAUCAACUUCACUGUGACCCGUGACGGCCUGGAAGAUCAGCUACUGGCUGCUGUGGUCAGCAAGGAGAGGCCAGAUCUUGAGAAACUCAAGUCAGACCUCACUCGUCAACAGAAUGAAUUCAAGAUCAAACUGAAGGAGCUGGAAGAUUCCCUGUUAGCGCGUCUCUCUGCUGCAGAAGGUAACUUCCUGGGUGAUUAUGCCCUGGUGGAGAACCUGGAGACAACGAAGAGAACAGCUGCUGAGAUUGAGGUCAAGGUGACAGAGGCCAAGAAAACUGAGCAGGAAAUCAACACUGCUAGGGAGAUCUAUAGACCAGCUGCUGGCCGAGCUUCUCUGCUCUACUUCAUCUUGAAUGACCUUAACAAAAUCAACCCUAUGUACCAAUUCUCACUCAAGGCUUUCAGCAUUGUGUUUGAGAAGGCUAUUGAACGUGCAGAGCCAGCUGAGGAAGUGAAGCAGCGUGUGACCAACCUGAUCGACUGUAUCACUUACUCCGUCUUUGUUUACACAACUAGAGGUCUCUUUGAGAAGGACAAACUUAUCUUCACCACUCAGAUGGCACUCCAGAUCCUACUGGUCAACAAGGAAGUGAAUCCCAUUGAAUUAGACUUCCUACUGCGUUUCCCUACAACUCCCAAUGUGACUAGCCCAGUGGAUUUCCUCAGUAACAACAGCUGGGGUGGAAUCAAGACCAUGUCUAACAUGGAAGAGUUCCGUAACUUGGACCGUGACAUUGAAGGCUCAGCCAAACGCUGGAAGAAAUUUGUGGAGAGUGAGUGCCCUGAGAAAGAGAAGUUCCCUCAAGAAUGGAAAAACAAGAGUUCACUGCAAAAACUGUGCAUGAUGAGAGCUCUGAGACCAGAUCGUAUGACCUAUGCCAUGGCAAACUUUAUUGAUGAGAAGAUGGGAACAAAGUAUGUGGAAGGUCGUAGCGUGGAAUUUGCCAAGUCUUAUGAAGAGUCUGACCAAGCCACCCCUGUCUUCUUCAUCCUCUCCCCUGGUGUCGACCCCCUUAAGGAUGUGGAGGCACUGGGCAAGAAACUGGGCUUCAAGGAAGACAACAACAACUUCCACAACAUCUCGCUGGGUCAGGGUCAGGAGAUCGUGGCAGAACAAGCGAUGGAAUUGGCUGCUAGGGAGGGACAUUGGGUUACAUUACAGAAUAUUCAUCUUGUUGCUAAGUGGUUGCCUACACUGGAGAAGAAAAUGAGCAGUAUAGUAGACAGUCAUGAAGCCUAUCGCUUGUUUGUCAGUGCUGAGCCGAGUGGAACACCGGAGUCCCACAUUAUCCCACAGGGUAUCCUAGAGUCUGAUAUCAAAAUCAAUGAGCCUCCAACAGGAAUGCAAGCCAAUCUGCACAAGGCUCUGGACAACUUCAACCAGGACACAAUGGAAAUGUGUGCUCGUGAGGUGGAGUUCAAGAGCAUCCUGUUUGCCCUAUGUUACUUCCACGCUGUUGUUUGUGAGAGGCGUAAGUUUGGACCCCAAGGUUGGAACAGGUCCUACCCCUUUAACACAGGUGAUUUGACCAUCAGCUGUAACGUCUUGUACAAUUACCUGGAAGCCAACGCUAAGGUACCCUGGGAAGAUCUGAGGUAUCUGUUCGGAGAGAUUAUGUACGGUGGUCAUAUUACAGACGACUGGGACAGGAGGCUGUGCAGGACCUACCUGGAGGUGUAUAUGCACCCUGAGAUGCUUGACGGAGAGCUCUACCUGGCCCCUGGUUUCCCUAUCCCACCCAACUCUGACUACAAGGGUUACCACGCUUACAUUGAUGAGGCGCUGCCCCCAGAAACACCUUACCUGUAUGGUCUACAUCCUAAUGCUGAGAUUGAGUUCUUAACUUCCACAUCGGAGAAUCUGUUCAAAACUGUGUUUGAGAUGCAGCCUCGAGACUCUGGUGCUGGAGCAGGUGGAGGUGUGUCCAAGGAAGAGAGACAAAAACAGAUCCUGGAUGAGAUUGCUGAGAAGUUACCUGAGGAGUUCAACAUGGCAGAGAUCAUGGCCAAGGUACCUGUGGAGGAGAGAACCCCGUACGUAGUGGUGGCCUUCCAGGAGUGUGAGAGGAUGAACAUGCUAACCUCAGAGAUCAGGCGCUCACUCAAGGAACUUGACCUCGGCUUGAAGGGUGAGCUGACAAUCUCCUCCGAAAUGGAAGAGCUGUCCAACGCUCUAUUCCUGGACAAUGUACCAGGCACAUGGGCAAAGCGAGCCUACCCAUCCCUGUUCAGAUUGGGAGCCUGGUAUGCAGACCUUCUGCAGAGAGUUAAGGAGCUAGAGACCUGGGUGUCUGACUUCCAGUUACCAGCUGCUGUCUGGCUUGGUGGAUUCUUCAACCCUCAGUCCUUCCUCACUGCCAUUAUGCAGCAAAUGGCACGUAAGAAUGAAUGGCCACUGGAUCGCAUGACGCUCCAGUGUGACGUCACAAAGAGGACACGUGAAGACAUGGCAGGUCCACCUCGUGAAGGAGCUUACAUCCAUGGCCUGUUUAUGGAAGGUGCUCGAUGGGACACCCAGACGGGUAUGAUAGCCGAGGCAAGGUUGAAGGAGCUGGCACCCACCAUGCCGGUCAUCUUCCUCAAAGCCAUACCAGUUGACAGAAUGGACAGCAGAAAUGUGUAUGAGUGUCCAGUCUACAAAACCAAAAUGCGAGGUCCGACUUUCGUCUGGACAUUCAACCUGAAAUCCAAGGAGAAGCCAAGUAAAUGGGUACUUGGUGGAGUUGCUCUUCUUCUCCAAGUGUAGGCAGCCAUUUGGCAAUUAACUAUUGAAAUCAAACAUGGUUGAUAACAUCUCACACCAAGGACAUUAAUUGUGAUAAUGAUACACCCUGCAAAUUGUAUAUACAUUAAAUUUAUUCCAUUUAUACAUUUCCAACUGCUGUGAUACCACUUUAUUCGUUUUUCAUGGUCUUCAGUAUUUCAUUUACAUUUUAUUAUCUACAUGAAUAGUAAUGAAGUCAGUAUUAUCUAAUGGAUUGAAAGUCACUAUUUAUAGCAUAUUUUGCGUAAUUUUGAAAUAUAUAAAUCUGUUUUGCUGAUUUGUGUGAUUAGGUCAUAUGGUCACAACCUACUGUGUUUAGAAACGCAGGUCUUUCAGUUACUAGACAGACAUACCUUUGCCACAGCAGAACCUGCAGGUUGUCAACAUCAAGGUAUUUCCACCUUAAAGGGUUCACCAUGUAAGAGUACUAUGUAUAGAAAAGUCUGUAGGUACAAGUAUUAUAGCCUUCAACUAAAAUUCAUGACUUUAAAACUUUCAUCCAUCCAUUGUUAUAAGGUUCCGAAAUAUAAGACUUGAAUUUGUUAUUGCUUGAAGGCUUUUCCUAAAUGGGUUUUUUCUAGUUAAUCCAUAUUUACCGACGUUGACAUGCACGUUAAAUACUUUAUAUAUAUUACAUAUCAGCUGUUAUUUUGAUUCAGCUUUGCUGUAAGGAAAUAAACUUUGA